AUGGCCGCCGUUGACAAGUCCACCGGCCGAAAGCUGGUAGGCCACGAGCGGAAGCACACGAACCUGCAGUUCGUUGUCAUCUCCGGCGGCACCGAGGACGACGACCUUUUGUCCAGACCUCAGUACGCUGGAGACGACGUAAUGAUCAAGCUACUCGGUUGUUGCACGUGCUUCACUCAGUUCCGGCUUCUACGCUUCGGACUCUGA